UCCUCCUCCUCUCGCGCGAUACGAGCGCUCUGGGGCUGCCCGCCCCCUCGUCGCCGCAGCUCCGCCCGGAGGCCACGCGGGACAGCGCGCAGCUGCCCGCACGUCCCGCUCCGGCUCCCGCGGCCCAGCCCCGCCAAGCCUCAGCCUUGGGCGGCUCCCGCGGGCUGCCGCAGAGCGAAGCGCACGACGGCGUCCGCCACGCCGUCUGCCUCCGCACUGGCGACCACGGCAUCCGCCGCCGCCCGCGCCUCCCCGGAGAGCCGAGGCUCCGAAAAAAAUGGGGGCGACCAGCUUUUGCCCGUUUUCGGCCUCUGGGGGCCCUUGCUGGGCCCCAGGACCGUCAAAGAACGACUCGGACUCAGGGCGAAAAACCGGCCCUUGGGGAGUGGCCCAGACCUCGGCGGGUCGCAUCGAAAAACAUUGACGCGCCGCCGCCGCUCGCACCUCUGGGCCCGCGUUCCCAACCGCGGCGCCCACUCCCGCCAUCUGCAGCAUCUCCACGUCGUUCGGCCCGUCCCCGCAGGCCAGGGUCUCGUCGGCGCCGACGCCGAGGUGCUCCAGAAGCCGCAGCAUUCCGACGCCCUUGUGGACGCCUGGAGGUAGCACCUCACAGUGCCUGGGCCCGCAAUCGACCACAGUGGCCCCUGCUGCCUCCAGCUGUAGACGGAGCACCCGCACCACUUCCGGCAUCGACGCCCAACCUGGCUCCCCAGGCUUGGUGAAGAGAACGAACUUCAGAACUCUGCCCGAGCAGAUCCCGCCGAGAUCGGGCAGCAGCACCACGUCCGGCUCACCGGCGCUCUUGAUGAGGUCCGUGGCCCAGGUUGGCCCCUGUGGCGCCAGCUCGACAUACCGCAGCGAGCCGUAGGAGGGCCCUGCUGCCUCCCAGCGCGUCGCUGCCAGCAGCAUCAGCUGGCCCCCGCCCCCUGCGCGGCCGCCCAGCGUGUACUGCCUGACCACCUCCUCCGCCGCCUGCGGCAGGCAGGACUCGGCCAAAACCUCGCCGCCAGCGCCCAGCACCAGCGCCCCGUUCGCAAAGACGCCGGGCCCGAGGCCAGGCAGCUGGCCGCGGACGGCAUCGCUCCACGGGCCAGGGAUGCGGCCGGUGGCGAGGCUUCGCGUGUGGCCCCCUCAUCGCGCGCGCGAGCGCACGCCCGUUGCCCGCGGAGACGGGCUGCUCGGAGCCCCACGCCGAGAACAGCGUGCCGUCCACGUCCGUGACGACUGCCCGUAUGCGCCUCCGGGGCAGGGGGCCCUCCGAGGGCGCGGCGGGCAGGGCCAUCCCCUGUGGCGCCGGCGGGCCGCGAGCGUGGAGCAGCGAGCGGCCGCCCGCGAGCCGCUGGCCGCGGCGGCCGCGGUCACCCAGCGGCGGUCCGGGCGGGAGCCGUCGCGGGACCCGAGCCCAGAAGGCAUGUCAGGCUGACAGGUGCAUUCUGUGGGUCCGGCAGGCCCAGCAGGACGCCUCGAUGGCUCCAGGGGUCACUGGCUUGGACUGGCGUGGCCGG